CCAGAGGAGCGCGGAGAACAGCCGGAGGGGCCGGGGAGGAGCGCGGCGGAGGCGGCGCAGCGGGGCGCGGAGCACCCGUUCCCCCUCAGUCACCGUCCGGCCCCGGACGAGGGGCGCCUCAUCCUGCCGGGACAGGGGCUGCCAGGUCCCCACAAGCUGUGAGGGCGGAACGUGAACAGAACGACCGUGCCAUACCAGGGGUCGCCGUGCCGGGGCCACCCGCUCAGGGAACGGUGAGGGGCACCGCCGUGAGGCGGGGCAGCUCCUCCCCGCUGCCGGAGGUGGAGCCGGGCGGCGCCGUGGGGCAGCGCCGACAUUUCCCGCAGGGUCGCGGAUCUCACACAGCAGCGAUUGCCUCCUUAGCAGCAGCAGCAGCAGCAGCAGAGGGACUCGCCUGGAGAUGACGGACGCCCUGCCGCCCCGCGGCUGCCAGGCGGCGGAGCCAGCGGAGGACAGCUACUUUCGGAAGGGAUGUAAUCCUCUUGCUGAGACUGGUCGAAGCAAACUACAAAAUCAAAGAGCUGUCUUAAACCAACAGAUCUUGAGAGCAGUAAGAAUGAGAGCUGGUGCUGAAAAUCUUUUACGGGCUACCACCAACAACAAAGUAAGAGAACAGGUACUACUGGAACUAAGUUUUGUAAACUCGGACCUGCAGAUCUUAAAGGAGGAAUUAGAAGGACUUAACAUCUCAGUAGAAGUUUAUCAAAAUACAGAAGAGACUUUCAGCAUUCCCUUGGUACCUCUUGGCCUGAAGGAAACCAAAGAAGUAGACUUUACACUCCCCCUCAAGGAUUUUAUUCUGGAACAUUAUAGUGAAGACAGUUCCGAGUAUGAAGAUGAAAUAGCAGAUCUCAUGGAUCUGAGACAAGCUUGCCGCACUCCUAGCCGAGAUGAAGCUGGCAUUGAGAUGUUGAUAAGCUAUUUCCUUCAACUUGGUUAUGUAGAAAACAGAUUCUUCCCACCUACCAGGCACAUGGGAGUUUUAUUUACAUGGUAUGAUUCUUUCACAGGUGUUCCAGUGUGUCAGCAAAAUCUGUUGCUUGAAAAAGCUAGCAUUUUGUUCAAUAUUGGAGCCCUCUACACCCAGAUUGGAACAAGAUGCAAUCGUCAGACCCAGAAUGGGCUUGAAAAUGCUGUUGAUGCUUUCCAGAGAGCUGCAGGAGUCUUAAACUACUUAAAGGAGACCUUUACUCACACACCGAGUUAUGAUAUGAGCCCAGCGAUGCUGAACGUACUGGUAAAAAUGAUGCUUGCUCAAGCUCAAGAGUGUGCUUUUGAGCAGAUCAGCCUUCCUGGAAUACGCAAUGAGUUUUUCACACUAGUGAAGAUGACACAGGAAGUUGCCAAGGUGGGAGAGGUUUACAUGAUGGUUAACACUGCAAUGACUCAGGAACCAGUCAAAGAGAAUAUCCCUUAUUCCUGGUCUAAACUGGUACAAAUAAAAUCAGACCACUACAAGGCUCUGGCACAUUACUUCAUUGCCACCAUUUUGUGUGACCAUGAAUUGCAGUCCAGUGAUGAUGAAGAUCAACAAGAAAAAGCCCUGUCCCAGUUGUAUGACUACAUGCCGGAAGGACUGAUGGCUCUCACUGUUUUAAAGGACAAAGUUCAGAGAAAACAAUUAGGGAAAGCACAUUUACGCAAAGCUGUUGUUUACCAUGAAGAAGCUCUAAGAGUCUGUGGUUUGUGCAAAAAGCUUCGGAACAUUGAUGUUCUUCAGGAGGUUCUGACAGCUGCACAUAAGCGCUCACUUCUCAAAUAUGCUCAGCAGGAGAAGGAAGAUGACUUUCUCAGUCUAAUCCAGACUCCAGAUAUCAUUCCUAAAACAGAGCAUAAAGUAGAAACAAUCGCUCCUCAAUUUUCCAAGGUGAAAGUGAAAGACUUCUUUCACAGACUGGGCCCACUGUCAGUGUUCUCAGCCAAGCAGAGAUGGACGGCUCCACGUACCAUUCGCUUCCACUGUGAAGCAGGAGAGCUGGGAUUCAGCCUUAAAGGAGGCUCACCUGUACAGAUUUAUUGUCUUGAUCCAGCUUGCUCUGCAGCAUCAAUGGGCCUAAAAGAAGGUGAUUACAUUGUUUCAGUUGGUGGUGUGGAUUGCAAAUGGCUUGGAGUGAAUGAGGUGCUGGAAAAAUUCAAAAGCGUGGGAGAGCAGCCCAUUGAGUUUGAGGUUAUCAGUUGCCAAGAUACAACAGCAUCUAUGCAUAGUAAGAGUGCAACAUAUUCUGUGGGAAUGCAGAAGACAUACUCCCUAAUCUGUUUAGCCAUGGAAGAAGAUAAGAUUGAUCAGACCAAGAAAACCCCGCUGAAACUGCCUUUUCUAAGUUGGGGAACUAAAAAUAGACAGAAAGCUGCAAGCACCCUCUGCCUUCCUUCUGCUGUGGCUGGAAGUUCUCAAACUAAGAAAAAGCUUUCUCCUUUCGCGCUUCUGAAUACAGAAAGUUCAUUGUACUGAAGUUUUCAGAAGGAUCUGUUAACAUGAAGGUUUUUCCUUUAAAAAUGUAUAUAAAAUAUGUUGAUCGAUGUUAUCUUUAUAUGUACACGUGUAUAAACUUAGACAAAUGCCCUUGACUUCACUUGCUGUGUAUUGAGCCACUAUGAAGAUCAGAGGCUAGCAAAAACUGUAAAACUUGAGUAAGAUUUGAACGUUAGAACAAAAUGGUUUGGGAGGUGUAGAAUAACAAUUUGUAGAUGAGAGAAUUGCUUAUAUGGAGAUUGGAUUCCUUUGGAAUUUCAAAAUACAUUAUCGUAACUAAUUUUUUAUAACUAUUAUAGACUUAUUUAUUACAAACAAUGCUGCAUGCAAAACAGUAGGGGGCACACCGAUGAUUUUGCUGUAAAAGUUUAGAGUCGACACUAAGUUGCUUCACACUACUUUACAGAAUUAUCUUAAACAGCAAAGGAGAGAGAAUAAUGUUAUUCAGAAAAAAAAUAGCCUUUGCCAAAAGGUAGUGUAACAUACUUGUGGUUUUUAUGCAUAGACAAUUCUCUUUCUGAGAGUACUAGGUGUAUUCUGUGGAAUAGUUAACUCAGGAGAAGAAUUAGAAGGCUUAGAAGUCAAAUGAUCUUUUAGACUACAAAAGAGUUUGACUAUGCUCUUUUCCUGAUUUAGCUUGCAUUUUAAGAGCUACUUUAUUGGAUUAUUGAAAAAAGGCUUUAUUCCAAACUUGAAGUUAUUUAACCUAGUUACAUUAAGAUUGGUAUUUUAUUAGUCCUAAUAAAAUUGAUACCUGUGGAACAAAUCUUAAAAAUGACAUUCUCCAGUAUAUUGACCAUCAAGAGUAUGUAAAUUGUGGUGAUACCUUCAAAAUAAAAGAAAGUGCGUAUAAAGUCUUAAGUGGAAGAACUAACACUGUAGUGUUAGUUAAUGUUGCUGUCUACAGAGUAGAUAUGUGCUGUUUGAUACUCAAAACUUGAAAUAAUGGGAAAGUUUGUGUCUGGGUAUAAGCUUCAAAGUUGUCAUUUUUAGUUUCUUACAUAAUAGGUGUAAAUACGUUAAUGACUUAUUUUAAAAAUAAAAAUCAAAUGCUGCAAUUUAGUAGUGGCUUUUUGAUUCUGCUAUACCUUGUACAGUAAAACGUAACUUAAAAGUUUUCAGUAUUUACUUCUAACAUACCUCUUUGCAUACUUCUGUAAUGCUCCUUAAAAAGGCAUACGAAUUUAUCUUACUUGCAAGUUUAUAUUGUAAGGUAGAGGAACUUAUAAAUGACAGUGUUACACUUGCUUCCUUACAAGGAAUAUUAAUGUAUUUCUAGAGUUUCCCUAUAAGAGUUGCAUAAACAAUGAUGUGACUUGUGACUAGUCUGUCCUCAGUAGUUAAUACUCUUCAUGUAUAUUUGUAGAAACACUUUUUUAAACACCAGCAGCAGUCAUAUACUGAUACAAUGCAAGAGCCUGUUACCUAGUAUUCCCAAGAGAAGAUAAUUACUUUGCAAAACUGGGGAAAGUUACAAUCCAGCUAGGGAAAUCUCUAGCACAGAGACACGAAACUUCCUUCUAGCUUGUUGUUCCUCUCCUCUUAGCUCCCUAUGAUAGUCUUUCUGCAAGUAUCUUUCCCUCUCAUGUUUCUCAGCUGCAUGGUUAACUGCCUUUCCCUUCCCAUCAUCUUCUGCAAUGCUGCACAAAUAUAUACUUACUAUUUUCUGACAGCUAAUUCAAGAUUCGUUCUACAGUGACUGGUAGCCAAUUGCUAACUUAAAUGAUAAUUUCAAAGCAAGUUAUGCUGUUAAAGAUUCUUAUUUUGAUUUAAGCAUAUUUGUAAUACAUUUCUAAGCAGAUGGAAUAUACAGGGGUACU